GUUCAAUUUAAACAUAGCCCCAAAACCCGCCACCAGCGACCAAUAUAUUUUCACACGCGAAACAGAAUUCGAAGUAUCCCUAUUAGAGGCAUUUCAACACUGACUUUGUUAGGUGGAGAGUAAGAGAGCAUAUGGACUCUGACUUCUGAGUGUGUCAAUUGGAGGUUUUCUACGGGUUUGAAUCAGGCGCAUGCUAUUUGGAUGAAACAUAUGCAAGUAUAUGGGCAUGUUGUUGGGAGCAUCUCAGACUUCAAUUCCACGUUGAUUUUAAGUACCAACCAUGGAUGCUACGUUUUACCAAUUCAUCUUUGGGGAGUUUGGCGAUCCAAACUGUAGUUUGAUGGAUACUUUUUACGAAAACUCAUCGUUGUUGAUGCAUUUUGAUGGUUUGUAUUGCAAUGGCACCACGGAUGAGAUUGGAACGUGUUGGCCAAGGAGCAACACCGGACGAAUGGUUGAGAGACCUUGUCCUGAGUACAUCAACGGAGUGAAGUAUAACACCACAAGGAGUGCAUACAGACAAUGUAUGGAUAAUGGAACUUGGGCUGACAAGAGCAACUACUCCAGUUGUGAACCCAUUUUGGAGGAAAAGAGGAAAUACCCAUUGCAUUAUAAGAUUGCUCUGAUCAUCAACUACCUAGGCCAUUGUAUUUCUGUGGGAGCUCUUGUUGUAGCCUUCAUUCUUUUCCUAUGCUUAAGGAGCAUAAGAUGCCUUCGAAACAUAAUCCAUUGGAACUUGAUUACAACCUUCAUUUUAAGGAAUGUAAUGUGGUUCCUACUUCAGUUAAUUGACCACAAUGUUCAUGAGAGCAAUGAGCCUUGGUGUCGACUUAUAACAACAAUAUAUAACUACUUUGUGGUGACCAAUUUUUUCUGGAUGUUUGUUGAAGGAUGCUACCUUCAUACAGCCAUUGUGAUGACUUAUUCAACAGACAAGCUAAAAAAAUGGGUCUUCUUAUUCAUUGGCUGGUGUAUCCCAUGUCCUAUAAUUGUAGCUUGGGCCAUUGGGAAGCUUUAUAAUGAAAAUGAACAAUGCUGGUUUGGAAAAGAACCAGGAAAGUAUAUUGACUACAUUUAUCAAGGGCCAGUCAUCCUUGUCCUCUUGAUAAACUUCGUUUUCCUCUUCAACAUAGUAAGAAUUCUUAUGACCAAGUUAAGAGCAUCUACUACAUCAGAAACUAUACAGUACAGAAAAGCAGUAAAAGCGACAUUAGUGUUAUUGCCUCUACUUGGAAUCACCUAUAUGCUAUUUUUUGUGAAUCCCGGGGAGGAUGACAUCUCGCAAAUAGUUUUUAUUUAUUUUAAUUCAUUUCUUCAAUCAUUUCAGGGGUUCUUUGUAUCAGUAUUCUACUGCUUUCUAAAUGGUGAGGUGCGCUCAGCAGCCAGGAAAAGAUUGCAUCGUUGGCAAGACAAUCAUGCCCUGAGAGUUCAUGUGGCACGUGCCAUGUCCAUCCCCACCUCACCCACCAGAAUUAGCUUCCACAGUAUUAAACAGACCACAGCAGUUUAAUCUGGAUUGCCAUGGUCAAAGGACACCUUUGGAAACAUCCUUUUUCUCUGGGCACUAUUUCAAAAACAUUGCCUAUAUUCUACAGGAAAGCGACACUUGGAAGGCAAUUCAAAAUAGACCGGCCAGGCUGUCUCUCCAAAUCUGUCAAGUCCUUCUAACAAUGCAUAAACAGCAGUAUCAUAGUAUGCCAGGUUGUAUUCCAAUGAGGCAAACAAAACGCAGCAUCAAAAGAUAACCUAAUCUGUACCUAGCAGCAUUUAUCUCCAUAGGCCUGUAUGUCUAUUUGAAGGUAGGGAUAAUUUAGGACGGAAUGUUAAACAACUGCAUUCUGUGUCUGUGGCUUGAGAUGCAAUGAGAGAGAUUAAAUUAUUUAUAAAUCUUCAAGGAAAUGGAGAGGGUGCAGGUUUGAAGUGAUGUGCUUGGUAUGUCUUUAGCACCGAAUCUUUUUGCACUAUCAAAAUGUACUGCCUGGUAUAUAUUUUAAUAUAUUUCCAUACAAAUUUUUUUGAAAUUAGUUCCUAACAAACACUGCAAUUAUUGUGAUUAACAUAAUGUCAAUAAAUAUUUCUGAUUUCUGUAAAAAGAAAUGACACUAAGACUGCUGUAAUGUGGAUAAUAAUACAUAAAAUUUGGGUUUGAAUUUUGAAAAUAUUCAUUAUCCUGUGCAAAUAAUGGACAUAGAACUGAGAUUUGGCGACUUCUGCAUACUGCUAGGUACAACACGGGACAAUUAAAGCACUGUUUUAAUGUUGUUGUCUCCUAUUUCAGCCUACAUAAUGCCACAGCUAGCCCACAAGGUGAGAGAAAUGGGAAAGUUAAUUUAACCCAGCCCUCUUGCUUCCACAGGGGAAAUUAUGCAUUGUAGCAUUAGCGGGUAACUAGAUAACAACUAGGUAACAAUUAGCUAGUUACAUUAAAUAGCAUAUCCUGUCUGUGAUAUAAAUGUCCAAAAAACACUACUUGUAUACAUCUCUUUGGCUAGUGGUGCAAGACAGACAGAUAUCAUCCUGUGUUUAGCCUGGCAUUCUAGUUGAUUGUAUACGUGUGGUUUGGAAUGCUUGUUAUUGUAGCCUGUUCUGACCAUUUCUGUGCUUUGUUUGGUGAAAAUCAUUCAAAUGUCUCUGUUAACGGCACAGUAUACUUAGUGUAUUCAAUCCUUUCAAGGUUUUUCACAGUUUUCAAAUGACAAUAUGCUAUACUUAAUCAGUGUCAAUACCCAGAUUUUGGGUCCAGGAGUCAGAGAGAGAUUCAGUUGAAUGAGAACUCAGUUUAGCUACUCAAGACAACAUGCAAAGCCCUUCUGUAGUAAUGACUGACCAAUGGUCUGAUUUACAUAGUGUUUUCUUCCUCUCCCUCCAGGCCUACUGGAGACUAACAUAAGUUCCAUACACUAAGCAUAGUUAUUUAGGCUUCAGUAAGCUGCUGUAAGGGAUAGAACAGUAGCAUCCCUACAUCCUGGGAAUUAUGUGGAAUUGUAAAAAUGAUGUAACAAGAUGGCAAUGAGUGUAAACUCACUGAUCUGGGGCAUUUGUUUAAAGAAUUGUAUAUACAUUUUUAUGCUUAAAAGCAACAUUUGUACUAUAUAUGUUCUUUAGGAGUUUAAAUAAGCAUGGUCAAUGUUGCUGUUAAGAGUUUAGUUUUUGCUCAUUGACAUUUCUUUUCACAAUUUACUGGCAAUGAAAUGUGACUACAACCACGUUUAUGUUGUACAAAAGUCAAUUAUAUUUUUUUGAAAGAUUUUCUCAAAUUUUUGGUUGGGAAAAAAAGGUUUUAUUUAUGACGGUCAGGAACAUUUGUCAUAUUUUUGUAAUUGCUGUGAAAAAUUAUAAUUGUAAAAUAAAUUGUGAAGCUGUCGCCCAUUAGAGUUUGCACCCCUUGAUUGCUCUAUGUCACAUUUUCUGGUUGACAAUGCACCAGUUUUGUCAGUUAUAGUUUCAUAAACGUGACUAAUGCCGUAUGUGCAAAUAAGCGCAAUAGCUCUCUUACACACUGAUGAACCAAAACAUUAUGACCACUCACAGGUGAAGUGAAUAACAAUGAUCAUCUCCUAUCAAGGGCACAUGUCAGAUUUUGAUGGAAAUCAGUUCCCGUAGUCAACAUGUUAGAUAAGACGGAAUGGGCAGUAGUAAAGGCCUGACCAACUUUGACAAGGGCCAAAUUGUUAUGGCCAGACAACUGGGUCAGAGCAUCGCUGAAAUGACAAGUCUUGUGGGGUGCUCCCAGUUAGCAGUGUUGGUUACCUACCAGCAGUGGUCCGAGGAGGGACAAACCACAAACUGGCAACAGGGUGUUGGGCACCCAAGGAUCUAUCCCAUCUGGUCCGAACUGACAGAAGGUCUACUGUAGCACAAGUCACAGAAAAUGUUAUUGAUGG